UUUAUCACUAAUUGGUCACACUGAUAAUCUUUAAGUUGAUUGUGUAACUUAUCAAAGAAAUUGAUACAACUCAGUAAUUCUCACUCUCGUCUACAUUAUCUUAAUUUCUAACGAUGGAUUUUCUUAUUUUAAUUUGUUCAUUGUUCACCUUAAUCGUCACAAUUAACGCUGGUCCAACUGACGAUCACCCCCACAUGCAAAAUUUGUCAGGUCUUUGUAGUGACCUCAAAGAAUCAAUAACCGAAGGAAGUUUUGUCGCUCGUAAAAAGAUUCUGGAUGAAUGUGCUGCUAAAUCAUUUACGACUGAACAAAGUAAGGCCAUGGAAAAAUGUCGAGCCAAAUUACCCUUGGAAACUCCAACUGAUGUGGAAAAAGUUUGUUCCGAUAUGAAAACAUACGAACCUAAAUUCCAAGAGCUUCGAACAUGCUUUAAAUCUAAUGGUCCAGGUCCAUCUUCAAAGAAAACAUUCAAGGAUUGCCUAAUCAAAGCUCUUGGAAAAAUUUAAAUACCUCAGGGUGAUAUUGAAUAUGGACUGAAAACUUUUUAUAACGAAUACCAAUUUAAUUACUUUCACGUUGCUUUUGAUUAAUUUGGGAUAAUGAAUAUUGUUGAUACUAAUUGUAUAAUCAAAUAAAUUAAAAUCUUUCAAACGAUAA